AUGCCUCCACGACGACAAGGUCGCUCUGUGAGCAGGCGGAGCACUCCGUUGUCGCCUCCAAAACCUUCGCAAAUUCCAACGACUCGGGACACACGCGCUCAGAACAAAGCCAACCAUCGAUCCACCAGUCGUGAGUUGACAACAAACACUCACAAUGAGCUUCAAACUGAACACGUGCUACUUGAGGCUGUGGAUGAAGAAGCAGAUCUUCAACAGUCCGAUUCCCUUGAUCUUGUGCCCUCAGCGUCUGCCCGUUCUGAGUCGGAUUCAAGCCUUCAGAGUGAUCUUGAUAACCUUGAUCACGAUGAAAUCAUACUUAAUCUCGCUGAUCUGCACGCCGAGUCGUUGGCCCUACUUUCUCUCUUCGACCGUCCCAGGGAAGACGACUUGGAAAACUUUAUCGACGAAAUCUCACAAAACGGAUCCCGGCCACAGAAAACACUUUCCAUGAGGGCCAAGAAGCUUUCUACUAGCCGGGAACCUUUUGGGGAGACCGAAUUCAUCAGUCCACCGUUGAUCGUAAGGAAACUGGCAGGCACUAUUGACUUACAUCGGAUCAAUUAUGGGAGAUGGCGUCCUGAUGCGAUCCUUUAUCUGGCAAAUCUUGCUCAACAAAUGGUCGCCGCCAUCACCAACUAUUCAGAUGACCGAGAAAACUUCUUGAGUUACAUGUACAAUAAUUUCCCGAGCACUUUUGUUGGCCAACAGGACUUCUCCUUCGGUACUCAGCUGAUCGAUGAGCCACGUGACCUGGCGUUGGGCAUAAUGACCCAGUUUUUCAUUCAGAGACUUGAGUCGGAUGGGCUGAACGAUUUUUCAAGUCCUCAAGAUUUGGCACAGCACAUAUUUCAGGACGGUCCCACAAUAUACCGUCAGUUUCAAGAUGAAGAGUCACAAGCGCAGCUCCUAAAACGUUCAAAUGAACUUAAGGAUGCUUGUUCAACUCAGGAUGAUGCUCUCCUGCCACUUGACCAGUUGAAAGAGGAUUAUUCUUGGACGUCUUUUGUUCUUCAAACUGCAAAGUGGGCAAUUGCUCGGAGGGAAGAGUUGAAGGAAACGAUCAGAAGACAAGGUGGUGUUGAAAAUAUCGUCGACCUUCUCACCUCUGGUGACUAUGAGGUUGAUGUGACGGGGGCGCCAGCGAUUGAUCUUGACGAAGACCCCGAGAUCGAUGACGCAGAUGAACCGAGCUCGACUGGCGAACCCGGCCUACCACCCAAUGACUCUCCUGUUCCUAUUCAGGACGAGCGACCAUCCGCUGCUUUAAGUCCGAGCUUCUUCGCAGCUGAAAUCAGACAAUAUAGAGAGGAGCAAGCCAAACAUGACCUUGAGAUAUCUAGGCUGGAGUCACAACACUAUGGUUCGCCCUCAGGGCAAGCGCGACUAGAAAUCCAGGAAUCCCCCCUGGCACCGGACGAAGAAGAGGAAUAUCGUCCUUUAGAAGGUGAUGGGGAAGACGAUUACCGUCCCUUGCAGGGUGAUGAUGAUGACCCAGUCGAACCAUCGAGCAACAACGUGGUAGAUUCCGAUCCUGAAGUCAAUAACAAUGAAGACAUCCCUGAACCAACUCAGAGCACCAAUUUUGUCAUGGAGACUCUCAAAAGACAAGCAAUUGAGCGCGAAAAAGAAAACUGGACGGAAAAUGCGCCAUUACCGAGGAAACGAACGCUCCUUGACCGACAACCAGGUGCGGAAAGGAUGCAGUGGCAAAGCCAAGGAGCAAACGACAUACCCAAAAGACAGCCUUUAGGGCGUCUCGUAGACGCACCAGAGGAGACCAGCGACGACGAGGAUGAUUUCGAAGAAGACCAUCGGCUCGCAAAGAGACCUCGUAUUGAAAAAGGCAAACAACCAAUUCGACAGAAUGCUCAAGAGGCCCGAAGUAAUGCAGACUUUGCCCCUACAACUGGAAUCCAUAAUGAUUAUGAUCUUGUAGACCAUAUUGAGGAGGAGGAGGAAGAUGAUCAUACCCGAAACCACGCUAUGGAUCGUGCGUGGAACAACCGGUCAGUAUUGACUUCUAUGGAAAGUCGAUCCUCGUAUUCGCGUCCGGGUGCAACCUCCUCAUCCCAACCAGUACCUCGAUCAUAUCAACCACCACGGACAACAACCUCGCGCCAAUUCCCACCACAAUCGACCGCGCCAGUCAUCACUCGCAGAUCUCCGCCCCGAUCACAAUAUCAAGAUGAUCGACAAAGGGCCCGAAGAAACAUGCAAGAGCGCAAGGAAGUUCUUCAAAAACGCAAGCCUCAAAUACGCAGACCAUGGACGGCCGCUGAGGAGGACAGAUUGAGAGAGAUGGUAGCAGAAUACCAAACCCAGUAUGCACUCAUCAAAGAGAUGGACGCAGUACACGAAGAAGGGUCGAAGCUUCAUCGGCGAGAUCAAGUGGCUUUGAAAGACAAAGCACGCAACAUGAAGAUCACCUACCUUAAAAACUGUGAGCCUUUGCCCAUUGGGUUUGAGUGCGUCAGCGUUGGACCAGCGCAGUUGAAGCCGUUGGUGGAUCUGGGAAUCGUAUCUGCCGAAGGCUCUAGAUUCACUGGAGCGGUCUCCGAUGACGGUGAGGAAUGA